AUGUCCAUGGCUAUCUUGGAGGAAGAGGGAAAGAGCAGCGGGCCGAGAACAUUCCUUGACCCUGCUACUUGCGUCAAGAAAGGGUUUUGCCCUGCUCGUGAUAUCCCUAGGUCGCCUUUUGUAAUUAGCCAUUCAAUAUAUUAUGAGAUACAUGGUUCUGGACCUGAGAGGCUGGUAUUCGUCAUGGGACUAAGUUUCUCCUCACUUGCAUGGAUGGACCAAGUACGCCACUUUGGGAAGCACGAGAAAUAUUCGGUCCUCGUUUUCGAUAACCGUGGUGCGGGGCACAGCGACGCGCCGAAAGGCCCAUACACUACGAGUGCUAUGGCCGAGGAUGUAGUCACUCUAUUAAAUUAUGUCAGAUGGAAUGACAGGCGUCAAUUACACGUCGUGGGUAUGUCCAUGGGGGGCAUGAUUGCGAUGGAGCUCGCGACUAGGAUUCCGGGGCGCAUUGCUUCACUAUCUUUAAUCUCCACAACACCUGGCUGGAGAGAUCUCUGGAAAUUCCCGUCUUUGAGAAUCUCUUACCUUCUCUUGAGAGCUUUGGCAGCGAAGAAAUCGAAGGAGAAAGGUCUUACUCUUUUGGAAGCACUCUUUCCUUCGGAGUACUUGUUAUCACCUGUCCCUGGUAGCUCGGAUGGGAGAACGGGAUUGGAAGUCCAGGAAACAGGUUUUAUCUCCCGCUGUGCAGUCGCGCCUCCUCAGCGACCCAUUGGAACUUUCUCUCAGUUGGCUGCCGUUAUGACACACUACAUCUCUCCACGGCGACUCGCCUCCAUCGCUUCUUCUAUCCCGAAAGUUUUAAUCCUAACAGGUGAUGUGGAUCCGCUGGUGGACCCGAGUAACUCGUAUUAUAUGAAGGAGCAGAUGAAAGGGAGUGGCGAUGUCGAGUUAGUUGUGUGGGGCCAGACUAGCCAUUUGAUUUCUGGACAGUGGCCUGAGAGGUUCAAUAAGAUUAUCGAGAGAGUCUGUGAAGAAGGGAGGGAGAAGGCUGCUUUUCUCUGA